AUGCAAGCUAAGGGUCAGCGUCCAGAUUUUUAUACUUAUUGUGUAUUACUGGAUGGAUUAUCCAAGAAUGGCCAUAUUGAUGAAGCAUUGUUGUUGUUUCUGGAGCUAGAAUGCAGUGGCAUAAAUCCUGAUAUUACUAUGCACAAUAUUUUAAUUGAUAGAUUUUGCAAAGAUGGGAAGCUUGAGAUGGCAAAGAAUCUAUUUGGUAAACUUUCUGCUAAAGGUUUGCAGCCUGAUGUUCGCACUUUUACUAUGAUGAUAGGUGGAUUUUGUGAACAAGGGCUAUUGGGUGAGGCAAAUGAUUUACUUGUGACAAUGGAAGGGACGGGUUGUAUGCCUAAUCAAGCAACUUACAAUGUUAUGGUUCGUGGAUUCCUUAAAGCAAAUGACUACACUGAAGCAAAUAUACUUGCGGAGAAAAUGAUUGGGAGGGGCUUUUCAGCAGAUACAUCUACUUUGGCUGCAAUAGUGGAUCUACUCUCAGUUGAAGGUCAAGAUCCUACACUCAUCACCAAAAACGGACUCCAAAUGGCUUCGAUCUAG